AUGGUACCGUCCAAUGACCGGGCCGUGGCCACCAGCCAAGGCAACGACGACGACAACAUUUCCACAUAUACCCUCAGCGACGAUGGCGCUUCGCUGUCCGACACCUCAGAGCGCCGCCGCCUAAUCCGCCACAAAAAGAUCGUCCGCGCCGUCGCCCUCGUCGUCGCCACCCUCAUGUCCCUCUGCGCCGGCUCCAAUGCCGUCUUCUCGCUCUACGCGCCCAAGUUCCAGUCGUGUCUACGCUACACCCAGUUCCAGGUCAAUGGCGUCGCCAUCGGGAGCUCCAUCGCCCUCUACCUCCCCAUCUCCGUCAUGGGCUACGCGUGUGACCGCGCCGGGCCUGCGCCGCUCUCCCUCCUUGCUGCCCUCCUCUUCGCCACGGGCUACGGCACCGCCGCCACCCUCUUCCGCAAGCUCGACAUUGAAUACAACAGCCAAGGAAAGUCGGCUGAGCGCGGUAAUGAAAAGACUUACCCCCUGAUGGUGUUUGCGUUUGUCUGCAUCGGCGCCGCUACCUGCGCCAUGUACAUCUCUGCCGUCUCGACGUGCGCCAAGAACUUUGGCAAAGGCAAGCACAGAGGCCUGGCCCUGGCCCUACCCAUUACGGCCUUUGGCAUCAGCGGCAUGCUGAUCAGCCAGUGUGCUAGCAACUUCUUGUACACGCGGCUGCCAGAUGGCUCCAAGGGUGACGUCGACGUAUUCCGCUUAUUCGUCUUCUUGGCGUUUCUCCUGCUCACCGUCGGUGUCUUGGGCUUCUUUACUUUGAAGGUCGUCGAUGAAGAGGACUUGAUAGAGGGCGCCAUCGAGGAGUUGGAGCAGAGCGGACUUCUGGACAAUCGUUCGCUGCUUCAGCGUGCGUCGAGGACAUACGGAACGAACGCUCCCGGUACGCCGGCUUCCAUAGAGAGCGCUCCGCUACUUGCUGCUUCAUUUAGAGAUGACGACGACGCUCAGUGGAAGAAGAACUGGGUACUCAACGCUGAGACGAAAAGAUUCCUAGCAGAUCAUACCAUGUGGUCGUUUGCGCUCGCGUUUUUGCUAAUGGUCGGACCCGGUGAAGCCUUCAUCAACAACCUUGGCACCAUCAUUGGAACUCUGUCGCCCCCAAACACACAAGGCUCUGGGCGCGAUACUUCGGCGGCUACCCAUGUGUCCAUAUUUGGACUCACGAGCACCUUGGGUCGCAUGCUGGUUGGGACUAUUACCGACCUGAUCGCUCCCGCGCCCCAAACGCAGCAUGCACAGCUCCCUAUUCACCGUCCUUCGAGGCUGCAGCGAUUUACCAUCUCUCGCGUGGCAUUCAUGCUCUUCUUCGCCUUGGCCAUGUCCCUCGGUCUAGCAUUCCUCGCCUCCGGUGCCGCCCAGAACCACGCCGACCGCUUCUGGGUUGUCUCCGGUUUUGUCGGCGCUGGCUACGGUGCCAUCUUCAGCCUUGCACCACUCAUUGUCACAAUCAUCUGGGGCGUUGAAAACUUUGCCACCAACUUUGGCGUUGUAACUACACUCCCUGCUCUGGGCUCGACAUUUUGGGGUCUCGUCUACGCUGCCGGUUACCAGUCAGGUGCAAGCCAACCCAGCCAGCCAUCCGAGCCAGGCGAUAGAGACGGAGAUGAGCUCUUCUGCUACGGAGCGUCCUGCUAUUCAGCCACCUUUUGGGGCGAAGCCAUUACCGUCUGGAUUGCCUGCGUCCUACUGCUUUGGGCUUGGCUGGGGCCUGGUGGCUGGAAGAAGCGCGGCAUUCUCAUUUAA